AAAUCAAACGAAGAAGAAGCUACCCGGCAUGUACAUUAACACAUCGUUGGGCCGCGUGAGAUGUGUGUGGCUGAUAAACCUUACUGGAUAGAAAAAAGGACAUAGUGUUAGCGACGUUAAUUUCGUAAAGUUGCAGUUAAAGUAACAAAAUGCCUAAGAAAAUGAAAGAAGAAGCACAGUGGGUGGACGAUGAAGUCUCCCCGUUGGCCGAAAAAACUGUGAAAAAGGGAAAGAAAGAUAAAAGGGGGAAAAAGAGUUUUUUUGAGGAACUCGCCACAGAAAGCAAACCUGAAAAGGUAGAUGAGGUUGCUGUGAAAGACUCACAAGGAAAACAGAAAAAGAAGAAAGACCGACGGAAAGGAAAAGGUGGAGAUGCAGAUGAGGAUGAUGAUGAGGAUGUCAUGCUGAAGCUGAAAAAGCUCUCAGUGCAAGCAAGUGACGAGGAAGAUGAGCCAGUCAUUGCUCCCAGCAAAGGAAACAAGAAUAAGGGUGGAAACAUCUUUUCUGCUCUCAGCCAGAGCCAGAGUGAUGAGGAUGCUGAUUUGGAUGAAGAAGAUAAACCAGCAGAAAAGGAGGUUGGGAAGAGCAAGAAAAAAGAUAAAUCCAAGCCCAAGAACGCCAAGGCUGCAUCUGAUGAGGAGGAUGAGGCUGAGAAGGAUGAUGGUGAAGAGAAAACUACAAAUAAGAACAAGAAGGUAGAAUCCAAGUCCAAGUCACCAGAAAAUGAUGAGGAUGAGAAGCCAAAGAAGGGGAAGAAAGAGCAACACAAGAAAGGAAAACCUGCUGAGCGAUCACACAGUGAGGAUGAAGAUGAAGAGGAGGAGGAUAGUGACAGUGGGGACAUGAUGAUGAGUGCUGAGGAUGUCAUUGCAGAACAGGCCAAGCAGCAAGAAGAUGACCCCUUUGCUAACCUUAGCAAAAAGGAGAAGAAGAAGAAAAAGAAACAGAUGGAGUAUGAGCGCCAGGUGGCCAGUGUUCGUGCUCAGAAUGCUUUGGAGGGAGAUUUCUCCAUUUCUCAGGCUGAGAUGUCCUCCAGACAGGCCAUGCUAGAGAAUGCCUCUGAUAUCAAGCUGGAGAGGUUCAGCAUAUCUGCUCAUGGCAAAGAGCUUUUCGUCAAUGCUGACCUUCUGAUUGUGGCAGGAAGAAGAUAUGGUUUGGUUGGACCAAAUGGCAAAGGAAAGACCACAUUACUGAAACACAUAGCCAAUAGAGCUCUCAGUAUUCCCCCCAACAUUGAUGUGCUGCUAUGUGAACAGGAGGUGGUAGCUGAUGACACACCAGCGGUGCAGGCGGUGUUGAAGGCAGACACCCGCCGUCUGAAGCUUCUGGAGGAGGAGAAACAGCUCCAGGCUCGUCUGGAGAAGGGAGAGGACAGUGUGGCUGAGAGGCUGGAGAAGGUCUAUGAAGAGCUGAGGGCAAUUGGAGCUGCAGCAGCCGAGGCCAAGGCCAGAAGGAUCCUAGCUGGUUUGUCAUUUACCCCUGAAAUGCAGAACAGACCCACCAAGAGGUUCUCUGGAGGGUGGAGAAUGAGAGUCUCCCUCGCCAGAGCUCUGUUCAUGGAACCCACUCUACUGAUGCUGGACGAACCCACCAACCACCUGGACCUUAAUGCCGUCAUCUGGCUCAAUAACUACCUUCAAGGCUGGAAGAAGACUCUCCUAAUAGUUUCCCAUGACCAGAGUUUCCUUGACGAAGUGUGUACAGAUAUCGUCCACUUAGACAACCAGAAACUCUACUAUUACAGAGGAAACUACUUGACCUUCAAGAAGAUGUAUGUGCAGAAGCAGAAAGAACUGCAGAAACAGUACGACAAGCAAGAGAAGAAACUCAAAGAGCUAAAGGCUGGUGGCAAGUCCACCAAACAGGCUGAGAAGCAAACUAAGGAGGCCCUGACCAGAAAGCAGCAGAAAGGCAAGAAGAAGGGAGGUCAGGAGGAGGAGAGCCAGGACGCCACAGAACUGCUGAAGAGGCCUAAAGAGUAUACCGUCAAGUUCACCUUCCCCAACCCACCUCCUCUCUCACCACCCAUACUGGGACUACACAGUGUUGACUUUGGCUAUGGGGGUCAGAAGCCUCUCUUCAAAAACGUGGACUUUGGAAUUGACAUGGACUCCAGGAUUUGUAUAGUUGGACCCAAUGGUGUUGGGAAGAGUACCCUGCUGCUGCUACUCACUGGGAAAUUAAAUCCUACUAAAGGUGAGAUGAGGAAGAAUCAUCGCUUGAAAGUGGGAUUCUUCAACCAGCAGUAUGCUGAUCAGUUGAACAUGGAGGAGACCGCCACAGAGUACUUGAUGAGGAACUUCAACCUUCCCUACCAGGAUGGCAGGAAAUGCCUGGGGCGUUUUGGUCUGGAGAGCCAUGCCCACACCAUUCAGAUCUCCAAACUGUCUGGUGGUCAGAAGGCCAGAGUAGUGUUUGCUGAACUGGCCUGCCGUCAGCCUGAUGUACUGAUCUUGGAUGAACCCACCAACAAUUUGGACAUUGAGUCAAUCGAUGCUUUAUCAGAGGCCAUCAAUGAAUACAAAGGAGCUGUGAUCAUUGUGAGUCACGAUGCCCGGCUCAUCACAGAGACUCAGUGCCAGCUGUGGGUAGUGGAGGACUGUACGAUCAACCACAUUGACGGAGACUUUGAUGAUUACAAGCGGGAGGUGCUGGAGGCCCUGGGAGAGACCAUGGUCAACAAGGUUGACGCAUGAUCACACAGCCGCUGUCAGGACACACUACUGCGCUACACUCCAUCUGGACUGGUUGACAUGUCUCACAAAACAACAUUAAAAAACCCUUGGAUUUGUUGGGACUGGACUGUUAACAUGUUUUCAUGGGUUGGAGCGUGAAAAUACUGGAGUGUUAGUCCUAUUAAUCAUUUCUAUAAAUAGAGUAAGGUAAAAUGUCUUGAAUAAUGCUGUGGUUAAGAUCUACUAAGGCAAAAUAAUAAAAAAUAAAUUUUUCAUGUGUUA